GUACCUCCAGGUGCCUACAGUGGGAACAAUUUGUGUUCCAAGCAGCAGUGAGGACUUUCAGUCCUGGGGACAUUGGUCCCAACCGGAGAGACAUUUGCCUCAGUGUGAAGCAUGGCGCUUGACCAGAAGGCUCUCGGGCGAAGCUUGGAGAGCAACAGAACAUUUGAGCGUUGGGUCACUUAGACAAUCCGAUGGAUGGUUGAAGGUCAUCAGAGCCUUGGAUGACCAUUACAAAUAUCUGCCAGAAACUGAAUUGCAUGAUGCGAUCGAAGAGUUCCUCUUCAUGCUCAAGCGCCGACCAAAUGAAGGUGAACAUGAUCCUCAGGCCGAAGCACAACGAGCCUCUUCUAGUGAGCCACAAGUCUUUGAUCCGUUUGCAGAAGAGCCGAGACUGGCCAGUGAGAAGCCUGAGAGCGAAGCCAGGUGGUUCGAAGAAGUCGAAGGCAUCAGCCAGAGGAAGUAUGGAUUGUCGCGAGAACAGCGAGCACAGAUCAUCAGGUCCACCAACGGAUCUUCUCGAUUCCUGGAUGUGGAGCGAAUCAUGAAAGCAUCUGACUUGGAAGACCGUAGAUCGCAUGACAAAAGUCAGCACAAACCACAGCGCCGUGAGACCUAUGCGGUGCAACAUGACAGCCAUCAAAUUCUUGUAGCUGAUGGUGAUGAGUCUUCUGAUCUGAUGGACGCUGAUGAUGUGACAAGCAAUUCUUGUGACCACGAAAUCCUGGAGGCCGAAGGGCCUGAUGAUGAUUCAAAUGAUGAGGCGCAGGAGAUUCUGGAACUGCACAAGAAAUCGAAAGAGAAGUUCAGGAAGGCCUUCAGAAACUACAAGGACACCAAAAAGAAGGUUCGUGAGAUCAAGAAGAGCAGGCAACAAUCAUACUAUCCAGUGGUAGCAUUGAACCAGCCAGCAGGUGACAGCCAAUCUGCCGCAUCGACACAGGUGCCUCUCAAACAGCCCUUCAAGUAUGACAAGAAGAGUUUGAGUUCUGCCAAGGGUUCUGGAAAGAGGAAACCAGAGUCAUCCACAAAAUAUCGAAAAGAAGAAGCAAAUCUUACCGAAACUGUGUUGCAAACUUCCUUCAACUAUAUGGUUUCAGCAUCUGGGGAAAACGGAACUGAAGUGAUGAGUGAAGAGAUUCUGUUAGCAAGUAUCCCCAACGGCUAUGCCAUCAUAGACACUGGUUGUACAACAUCAGUUAUUGGUCAAGAUUGUGCGGAUCGUUUGAUGAAGUUUUUGCAGGAACAUCAGAUGCCUCUGCCGGAACGGAAACAACUGCCUCCAGUGGAGCUCAAGGGUUUUUCUGGUGACCUGAUUUACCACGACAAUGAGCCCAAUGCCGACGAUGCCACUGCAAAGCCCCGCAAUGAGCAGCGUCACUGCGAUGUCAAGGAACAUUUAUGCUGGUGUUGCAAUGACUGUGAUUUGGAGGGUCUUGAUUUUGUCCAAGUAGAACUGAUUCGUGAUGAUGAGAACGGAGAGCAGGAGGAGCAGAAGUUCAACGUUUUGACCUGUGUUUGCAUGGCCACCGAUUUUUGUCAGCAAGUGGUCAUUCCUGAAGGAGCCGGUGCCUUGUCUCAAGCCUUCCAUGAAGCCUGGAUUAGACCAUAUGGUGCACCCGAAACCGUGUACAUGGAUCCAGCCUAUAUUCCCAUUGGCAGCUGGGAAGACUUGAAGUUGCGAAUAGAGUUUUACGUGGAAUGGCUCAGCGCGUUUGGAGAUCAUCGUCAAGACCGCCAAAGGAAUCAUGGAGAAGAGCAUGUGCCGGUAGGAACACUUCAUGAAGGUGAUGCCCCACCACUGGUUUCGCUUGAGCAGCCAUCAUCCAAGCGUCUCAAGACAGUGCCAGAGCAGCCUCAAGAGGAGAGAGCCGCGAGUGAGACAUUCAGUGAUCAGCCGUUGAACGCUGAUGAGAUUCCUCGAGCUGCAUCGUUGCUCCUCCGUGCCGUGAAGCAUGGUCAGGCACAGCAUGUCCUUGGUUUUAUCAAAGAAGCUCCUGGAGCCAAGCCGUUUUGGGCUGGGUGCUAUCAUGUGAUGGAUGCAGCCCGUCCCUCAGGAUAUCAGGAUCCAAUGUCUAUGCCAUCUACGUCCAUGAAUGAUGCCUCGAAGCGUCGAGUCCCUGAUGACACCUUGUCUUGGGAGAAUGUGACUGAGAAUGGUGAGAGCCUGAGCGAUGCAUCUUACAUUGCAUCGAUGCCUGAGACGGUGAACAUUCCUCCGCCGUGGACUGAUGGAAGCAAUCCAUUGCUUCAGGUGAUGAAAGAAAUCCAGGAAGAUGUGAAGAUUCCCAUCCCUUCCGACAUUGCCAAUGUCCACAAAUGGGGAGAAUGCAUCUGUGAAACAGAGAAGUACCAGACGGCCGGGCUGAGCUACUAUGAGCUUGUGUUCAAGGCCAAGACCGAUUCAGACUGCAAGCAGUAUCUUUCGUGGAUCAAGGGCCGUUUUGGCUAUGUUCAAGGAAAAGAUCACCCAUCUGAUAAGAUGACGCCGGGUGAGCGGAGCCUCGUGCUGAGCGCACCGGUCACGCUGAUUCAUGGCGUCGCGGUGGGUUCACGAAGGGGCAGACAAGCAACGCCACCUUCUUUGGAGGCUCAACACCUGACACGACCUCGAGCCUGUAUUUGUGCAUAUGUGACCGAUGGGCCCAAGCAGUUCUUGGCACACUUGGCGUACUGCGCAUUCACGAAUGCUGACACAGAUCAGCGCGCCAAUUCCAUGGCCAUGAUGGACA